AACAACGUAUCAAUAUUACGGAUGAAGGAAACAAAGUUGCAAAAUAUUUUAUCCCGCAUAAUGGCAAAUCAGUAACAAAGAUACGUAUUGAUGAUGAACAACAAUUAAAGCAUGAAUACAUGAUAUCACAAGAUGAUGUUGAUAUUAAUUAUGAUAAAUGUCCUGAACUGUAUCAGUAUUGUGAAUAUCCUAUAUUAUUUGCUGUUUCUGAUAAUAAGCUUGUUUUGAUGCAAAUUUUUGGAAACGAUGAAUCAGUAGUCAAAAAAAUUG